AUGCUUGCGUACGGGGUAGCGGCGGGUUCACUUGACGAAUAUGUGCGAAUUAGUGAAAGCACAUCUCGAAUAACAUUGAUGAAAUUCACGAAGGGGGUUAACACAAAAUUUGGUGCGGAGUACUUAAGACGGCCUACUCCAGAUGAUUUCGCUAGACUACUCGAAUUCGCUGAAGAACAUGGAUUUCCGAGCAUAAUCGGCAGCAUAGAUCGUAUGCAUUGGGAAUGGAAAAAUUAUCCGUCGGCAUGGAAAGGACAAUAUCAAGGAAGAGCUGGUGUUGCUACUUUAGUUCUUGAAGCUGUUGCUGAUCGUGACUUAUCGACAUGCAUUCUUUCUUCGGAUACCAGGUUUGUGCAACGACCUAAAUGUUCUUCACUGAUCUCCUGUGCAACAUUCAUUCAUUCAGUUACAUGUCCUCAAACUCGGAAGGACAAGUUAUUUGCUCAACACCAAGAAGGAGCUCGAAAAGAUGUAGAGAGAGCAUUUGGAAAGUUGCAAUCUUGGUUUGCUAUAGUUCGUAGACUGUCCCUCGCAUGGGAUGAGGAAAUUCUCAAUGACAUCAUGUUAUCUUGCAUUAUAAUGCACAACAUGAUUGUGGAAGAUGAACGAGAUACAUAUGCACACUACACAGAUACUACCUAA